CGUGACGCGAGGAGGCUCGGCCAAUGGGGACGCUCCGCGGCACCGGCCGAGCCGCCAGCCUAUAAAAUGGGGGCUCUACCGCGCUCUCCAGUCUCGACUGUUCCGGAUUUGGAACCUGUUGGUAGCUUUUGGCCUACUUUCCUCAGGUGCCUCCGCCCAUUGACGGUCGGCGAAGUUCACCUGCAGCUCCUGACGCGUCCGAGGUCCCUCCGGAGAGGCAGCGGCGGGUCCAUGGAGAAGGGCCCGGGGCGGGUGCCGGCUAAGCCGCGGGGGGCCAGGUGCAGCAAUGGGUUCCCUGAGGGGGAGCCGCCACGGCCCAGGCCAAGUCCUCCCACAGAGAAGACGCCGCGGCCGGAGAGCAAGAGCGCUCAGCCGGCGGACGGCUGGAAGGGCGAGCGGCCCCGCAGCGAGGAGGACAACGAGCUGAACCUACCCAACCUGGCGGCCGCCUACUCGUCCAUCCUGCGAUCGCUGGGCGAGGACCCCCAGCGGCAGGGGCUGCUUAAGACGCCCUGGAGGGCGGCCACGGCCAUGCAGUUCUUCACCAAGGGCUACCAGGAGACUAUUUCAGAUGUCCUAAACGACGCUAUAUUUGAUGAAGAUCAUGAUGAGAUGGUGAUUGUGAAGGACAUAGAUAUGUUUUCCAUGUGUGAACAUCAUCUAGUUCCCUUUGUUGGAAAGGUCCACAUCGGUUAUCUUCCUAACAAGCAAGUUCUUGGCCUCAGCAAACUUGCUAGGAUUGUAGAAAUCUAUAGUAGAAGAUUACAAGGUAAACUUUUAAACUAUUUUGUUUACAGAAAAACUUUUUCUUAAGGAAAAAGUAUUUUUUGUUCUUAUUAUAAGUGUAAUACAUACGACUUUAAAAAUUAAAACCUCAUAAGAACAUAAAACAAAGUCCACUGUGUUUCUCCAGAACAAAUCAUUGUAUUUGCAUAUUUCUUCACAUUUUGUUGCAUAUACUAACAUUUAAAAAUCAACUUAUUUUUAUUAUAAUGUAUUUGAAAAUGGGCUUCACUUUCUUUUUUCCCUACUUUCUUUUCACUUAACAUCUUAAACUUUUUUUUUUCACAUACAUGUAACUAUCUCAUUUAUUCUGUUGUGUAUUUAGCAUUCCAUUGUAUGGCUGUACUGUGGUUUGAUUUAACUAACCCCUGCUCUCAUUUGGGGAUUUUGUCAGUUUUCAAAUAGAUGCAGUGCUCCAGUGAAUGCUUACAUGUUUUCUAAGAUGAGUUGUUUAUUCAGCACAGGAACUGCAUUAUUUAGGUUAAAUCGUUGGUUUUCAACAUUGCUCUAAGUACAAUUCAGUAAUUGGACUGUAGCGCCUCUGUUAAUCCUGUUGCAAGCUAUUUAUUCAUUUGCUUUACUCUGCGUCCAUGGGGGUACUUGUCAAUAUUCUGUUGGUCUUUCUGUGCACCUAAGGGACAGUCACCAUUCUAA